AUGAGCAGGGUUUUGGGUUUAGGGACUGACAUUGUCAAGUUGGCAAGAUUCCACAAGAUUGUCACAAGAAAUGGGCUUGCAAGUAGGCAAACUGAGGCUUUUGCUAAGAAGAUUUUAAAUGUGGACAAAGAGAUGCCAUUAUUCAAUAAACAUGUCAAAGAUGAUGAUAUAGAUAAGACAGUGAGAGUGCUUGCAGGAAGGUACGUAUAUAAUUUGAGACUCAUUGGAAUAUCAGCUACUAAUAUAUCUAGUUGGGCUAUGAAGGAAGCCGUGUUCAAAUGUUUAGAUGAUAAAGAUCAAUAUGGUCAAAAGUUUAAAGAUUGGUUUAAAUAUAAUGAAUUAAAUGGAAGACCCAAGAUUGGUGGGUUAUAUUUAGAAAAAUUCCCCAAUGAAGAAUUCUUAUUAUCAAUUUCACAUGAUGAAGAUAUUUUAAUUGCAUCAGUUAUACGACAAAUUACAUUAGAUAAAUAA